CAAGGCAGGUCACCAAUGGGCUGUGUCUGGAGGUGGAGGGGAAGAUGGUCAGUAGGACAGAGGGUAACAUUGAUGACUCGCUCACUGGUGGAAAUGCCUCCGCUGAAGGCCCUGAGGAGGAAGGUACAGAAAGCACAGAAAUCACUGGUGUCGAUAUUGUCAUGAACCAUCACUUGCAGGAAACCAGCUACACAAAAGAAGCUUACAAGAAGUACAUCAAAGAUUACAUGAAGUCCAUCAAAGGGAAACUUGAAGAACAGAGACCAGAAAGAUUAAAAAGUUUUAUGACAGGGGCUGCAGAACAAAUCAAGCACAUACUUGCUAAUUUCAACAACUGUCAGCUCCUUAUUGGUGAAAAUAUGAAUCCAGAUAGCAUCAUGUCUGUUCUGCUAGACUACCGUGAAGAUGGUGUGAGCCCAUAUAUGAUUUUCUUUAAGGGUGGUUUAGAAAUGGAAAAAUGUUAA